AGCACACAUAUCUUUAGGUGCCACAGCCUAAACUUCCUUCACAAUGAGACUACUUCUUCCCCUCGCAUUGGCAGUGAUGGCCGUUUGCUGCUUGUCCUUCGGCGACUGCGCCUCAUCGGACGAUACGGAUACUGGAACAGGGACAGGUACUGGGACAGGUACAGGGACAGGGACAGGGACAGGUACUGGUACAGGUACUACUACAACCACCACGACGACAACUGUUGCUCCGUCGUCCAGCACCACAGUCACUCCAGCCCCAGCGACCCACAAAAGGAAACAUCAUCGCAGACGUCGCAUCCUUAGGAGAAUCCGCCGAAGACGUGCAGAGGCUGAAAGAAGGCGUCGCAGGGGUUAAACUACUACAAAAUCUUAACAAGUUUUCAUAAUGUGUAUACAACUAGCAUACGGCUUUUUUCUUCAUCUGCUUGGAAAGUAAUAAA